GUCGAUGGAAGUACGUUCUAUUAGUAAAUAUCGGGAUAUACGUUGGAACACAGAGUGACGCAGGAGUUUCGAUUUUGGACCUGGAAGGCGUGGUGGCUCCGCAGAAGGAUGUAGUUUGUUGCUCGGACGAGGAGCGUGGCAAAAGGAUACGCGAACGAAAGAUUUGUUUGUUACGUUUAUUUCUUUGUUUUGUGCGAGAAAUGAGAUACGCAAGCGUUGUCCUCGUGACGAGGCAAAAGGAAGGUCGUUAGAAAGGAGUCAGUGUUUCCCGUGGUUCGCAGUGUCGGUGGCCGUCGCCAACAGGUUACAGGAGUCGAUGAAUAUUUCGAGAAAUAUCGACGAUCGAUCGUGUGGCCAGCGCGUUAUUUUUGCGGAGGAUGAAGAAGAGGUAUAAAAAAUCGGCCGAAUUCCAGGUGAGAUGAGCGACCGCCUUACGACCAGGGAACGGGGCAUUCGAUACGAAGGAGUAUACGUGUCAACGCGUCGUUACGUAUAACGAUCGUAUAUCGUGAAUCAAGUGGCAAACCCGCGCGCGCUUCGGCAUUUCGUAACUAUAAACGCAACUACAAAUCCACCACGUGCCUUUCUCGUCGUCAUCCAGACGCGGUUCGUUUCAACCUCCUCCAAGAUUUCUCCUCGGCUCGUUUCGCUUUUCUCCCCCUCCCCCCUACACCGCCAUGAUAACCGCCGCAACUCUUCCUUCCUCGCUCCGCUACGUUUCAAUCGCGGCCUCGAAACAGGUGGUGUCAGCGUUCGUGAUAUCCGUGCAUUCGCCAAUAGUGUUCCAUCGUUGAACGACACGGCCGAAUCGACGAGACGCACAGCGCACCCGGAGAAAGAAACGACGGCCUCGUUCUCUCGGCAACGACAACACACCUCACCUCGUGGAAAUGUCCGCACAAUGCGCUUCUCCGAGACGUCUACCGUUCAUUGUACCUCCGGAUGUAGAGAAGUUUGACUUCGAGCCGACGAGGUCCAAGCUUCUCCGAAUUCUCCACGGAGUGACAAUCGCCGAGAGGGUGGUAUCGCACGUUGGCGCAACGUUGCUCACGCAGUUUUCCAUUUUCUUCGAGGAUAUCCGAGCAGUGUCGAGGUAUUCGCGAGGUAUACGUCGUCCUUUGCCAGUCUUAAGAAAGAAUAUAUUAGAAAAUACGUAUAGAGGGUAGGAAAGAGGGUCGUGACACGAAGGAGAAGAGCGUGAAACAAGGUGGGGGAGGGGAAAAGCGGGCAAAUCCUCGCGCACAAAACGAAGAAAACCGUCUUAUAUCAUUAACGACAACAAGACGUUUCCCAGAUUCCUGUUACCCUACCCUACGUUCUGGAAUUCCGUGGGAACACCGUUCGCGUUGCGCAUUGGUAUUUCGACUAUAAAUAGAUGUUUUCUCGCGUUAGAUCGUACGUCUUGAGCCAGGAAAACAUUGGAGGAGCGGAGGAGAGGAUAUAACACGAGAUCGGGCACGACUCGUGUCACGUCGAAGACGACGUUCAGCCCUUCUCUCUCUCUCUAUCUGCCCUUCGAGAUCAAGAGGAGAGGAUGAACCGUAACGGUCACUUGGCUACAGCUUGUUCUUAUCCUUAGACACAUUUAGGUAGACGAGUAUUGGGUCCAAAAGGAAGUCAAACGAAGACAUCCAGCCUUCUCGUAGGGAGAAAAACGUAUCGACUCUGUCCACGCAGCUUCUUAUAUAUAUAUAUAUGUAUAUAUGUAUAUAUAUAUAUAUAUAUGCGAAUUUUGUACAAAACGAAAACACCAAGAAACAACGAUCCUCUCGCGAAAGAUUAGCCAAGUAAAUUGGGACUUCUCGAGGGUGUUCCUCGAGGCAAAAGGCAAAGGCAUACACGCAUCAUCGCGUUAAGUGGCAACUUUCUUGGUGGUUACUUUUCCUCGUUUACUAUUUCCUUCGCCUUUUGUAUCUACGUAAGAAGUCUAGAUCUACGGAAGAAACAGAGAGAAAGAGAGAGAGAGAGAGAGAGAGAGAGAGACAGAGAGAGAAAGGAAAGAAUCAUCUGGAUUUCGAUCGUCCGACCAGCAACGAAUCUUCUCCGAUUAUCUUUUUCUUCUUUUCUUCUGAAGAAGUUUUUCUUCUAAAGAAGAAGAUUAAAAGAAAAAAAAAAAAGGAAAGAGAAAAGGGAAGAACAGAUUUUUAGGAACAAAUUGUUGACGAACAUCGCCGAUAUUAGCCGGUGCUUCUUCUUUUCCCUCGAUGAUCAUUAUGCUCAACUCGUGCUGUGCUUUUUUCUACCGUGCUUGUACGCAUGCUGCGAGUGUUUUUUCAGUGCUGUAGUGUCACACGUUAAUUAUUAAAAGCAAGGCUUAACGAGCCUUCGAUCGAACGCCAAACGUCUCAUAGGCCCAGCUACCUGGGAAUAUUCCUGCGAUGCCUGUUAGACGAGGUCACGUGGCGCCCAGGACAACGAUCAUCGAAACCAUCAUCAGGAAAUUCGAUACGCACGAUCGAAGUUUUUUAGUGGCCAACGCUCAACAGGGACUAUGUCACAUAAUAUAUUGCUCGGACGGUUUCUGCCGGCUGACAGGCUUUUCGAGGGCGGAAGUGAUGCAGAGGCCGGCGAUCUGCGAGUUCCUUCAUGGGCCAAUGACGUCGCCCCAUGCGGUCGCAGCCCUCCGCGACGCCCUCGCCGCCGGCGUCGAAAAGCAUUUCGAGAUCCUUUACUACAGGAAAGACGGCACCAAGUUUCUGUGCAGCGAGGUGAUAGCGCUAAUAAGGAGCGAGGUGGACGAGAUCUGCUUGCAAAUCAUAAAUUUCGAGGAUUUGAGCUCGCAGCCAUCCCCGCAGCCUGCAAUUCCGCCCCCAAGCCAGACCAACAACAGGCUCGUCACACGCUUCGACAGGGCAAGGGCGUCGUUCCGUGCUGGCCUCUCCAGGACCGGUGUCGUUGGUCCGCCAAGGGUCAGGAAUCGGCCGAGAACCGCGACCAACUUACCUCACCGACUUGCUGACGGGACCAUCCUCGACGAGGACGCCUCUGAGAACUGCCCACUAACAUGUGGUUCACCUACAAUGAUGGAAUCUUGGGGUCCUGGGAGGACUGGCACACCCCCGCCUGCUCUUCCACCCCCUCCAGCUGGGAGCAACAAUGGUGGUGCAACGUCUGCAGCAACCGCAACCGUUGCACAGCCCAGCACAACCGCGCCGAUUGCCAGCCCGGAAGGGGUGAGCGACGUCUCCCAAAAGUCUGGAAUUUGGGAGGGGGCGAACUUCUCGGCGGCCGGUGGCGCGGAGGGGCCUUCCCGAAGCGUGUCGCAUGCGGCGAGCUUGGACGCGAUCUCGAGGAGGGCGGUGAAACCGGAUACGGCGAGGGUGCCGUGUCGCAGCCUCACCUGCAGCGUUUUAGCGGGCCGAGGGAGCGAACACGUCACCCUCGAGCGACGACCAGCGACAGUCGAUAAUCUCACGGAAGCAACUAAACAUUCGAAAAUCUUUCCCGGCGUUGCGUCCGAAAGUGACUUGCAAAAAUGGCGGAUGUCCAAGGACCGGAAGUCGCCAUCCCUCAGCCAGAUGGGGCCAGAUUCCAUCAAACACAAAUUCUCCUUGCAGGACAACGGGUCCGCGAAAUACUUCCAAGGAGCGAUGCACACGUCGAACAUGGGAGAAAAGGUAGCCCAGGUGCUGUCCCUUGGAAACGAUAUCCUCCCAGAGUACAAAUUACAGUCACCUAGAAUCGGCAAGUGGACCAUACUACACUAUUCACCCUUCAAAGCGGUCUGGGACUGGGUGAUACUGUUGCUCGUAUUGUAUACCGCCAUAUUCACCCCGUACGUAGCCGCCUUCGUCCUGUCGGAUCCGGAUUACAACAGCAGGAAGAACAAAAAGUACAGUGACGAUCCCAUCGUCAUCAUAGACUUCAUAGUCGACGUCACUUUCAUAGUGGACAUCAUCAUAAAUUUUCGCACGACUUUCGUGAAUAGCAACGAUGAAGUGGUGUCCCAUCCUGCAAAGAUAGCCGUCCAUUACCUGAAGGGUUGGUUCAUCAUCGACUUGGUGGCGGCCAUACCCUUCGACCUUUUUCUCGUUGGCUCUCACACUGACGAGCUCGGCUUGGACAAGGACGAGACGACCACCUUGAUAGGACUAUUGAAGACGGCUCGUCUUUUGCGACUCGUCAGAGUAGCCAGGAAGAUCGACAGGUACAGCGAAUAUGGAGCUGCUGUUUUACUACUUUUGAUGGGCACCUUUGCUCUUAGUGCCCAUUGGAUGGCGUGUAUAUGGUACGCCAUAGGAAACGCGGAGAGACCAACGUUGAAGAGCAAAGUCGGUUGGCUCGAUAUACUUGCCAACGACACGCAUCAGUUUUAUUUUCACAACAACACCGGUGGGCCGAGUAUAAAGAGCCGCUACAUCACAGCACUGUAUUUUACCUUUAGUAGUUUAACAUCGGUGGGCUUUGGAAACGUGGCUCCAAACACGGACACCGAGAAGAUAUUUACUAUAAUCGUUAUGCUAAUUGGAUCUUUGAUGUAUGCCAGUAUCUUCGGUAACGUCUCGGCCAUCAUUCAGAGGCUUUACAGCGGUACAGCAAGAUACCACACGCAGAUGCUUCGAGUUCGAGAGUUCAUCAGAUUCCAUCAGAUCCCGAAUCCGCUUCGUCAGAGAUUGGAGGAGUACUUUCAACACGCUUGGACGUACACGAACGGAAUCGACAUGAACAGCGUUCUGAAAGGAUUCCCCGAGUGCCUUCAGGCGGACAUCUGUCUUCAUCUGAACAGAAAUCUUCUAAACAACUGUAGAGCCUUCGAGGGUGCCAGUCCUGGUUGUUUAAGGGCGUUAUCGUUAAAAUUCAAAACCACACACGCGCCACCCGGUGACACGUUGGUUCAUCGAGGAGACGUGUUAACGUCCCUGUACUUCAUAUCGCGAGGCAGCAUAGAGAUAUUGAAGGGCGACGUCGUGAUGGCCAUACUUGCGAAGGACGACAUAUUCGGGGAGAAUCCUUGCAUAUAUCCGACCGUUGGCAAAGCGUCUUGCAACGUGCGAGCGUUGACCUAUUGCGAUCUGCACAAGAUACACAGGGACGAUCUACUCGACGUUCUGGCCCUUUAUCCAGAAUUCUCGAAUCACUUCAGCCAGAAUCUCGAGAUCACUUUUAAUCUGAGAGACGAGGAACAGGCUGGUGUCGAUCCAAUAUCAGCAAGGUUUCCUGUCAGUACUCCAACGGACGUCGACGCCGACGCUAGGAGAUUCGCUUUCCGUCCACCAAGAUACCGUCGAGGACCCGGUGGUGGUCCUGGCACCAAUCUUAUCCCCACUGGUCGACAAGACUCUUUACAGGGUGAUCAGGAAGAUUACGACAAAGGAAGUGGCCACGGAAUUUUGGAAUUCAGCACCGACAAAGCCGGCCAAGAUGUGACGCCAUUGAACCUAGAAUUCGACGAGCCAAAACAGAGGAGCUCCACGUUGAACUCCAUAACCGGCAUGCUAACCCAUCUCAAGCGCAGCAUACCGGACCUACGCCAACACAAGAUCCAUCUUCAACCACUGACGAGUCACGAUUACCUUGCCAAGCAGAUGACCACGCCGUUGACGAAACCAGCGAGGAGAAGCUCAGCCGCUGGUGAAAGCUGCCUCAGCCAGAACGCGGUACAUCCGACCUCGACGACAUCCAGUCACUACACUACACCGUCGCCACCUCAGCAUCCCCAGACUCACGGCGACUUUCAAAGUGGACCGGGCCGACCCGUGGAAGAGAUAAACGCUAGAAUAGACCAACUGUCCCGGCAAGUGUCCUCGUUGGAGCACUCGAUGGGGGAGAACAUCAGGUUGAUAUUGACGCUGCUCCAACAGACGCUCAACUCGUCGAGGGAGAGUUCGAGCAUCGAGAUGAUGGCCGGGCCGACCUCGGUCGGUCUGUCCAAGAGUAGUAGAGCACCGGCUUUGGUCCAACGAUCGGCCAGCGAACCUCAACCGCCUACCGGCCCUCCGUCGAGUAACGGAAAUGGAAAGAUCCAGCCUAGCACGUCCCACGGUUUGUUCAGCUUUCUUUCGAAAUCCCUGGAUCAGUUGCAUUUGAUUUCGGCGUCUUUUAUUUUGGAAAGGUUGGACAAGUUCCGAAGCAGACCCCCAACGAAAGAGCCAAUGUCGACGUCCUCGGGAACGUCGCGAUUGACGGUCACGUCGGACACGUCCGCCCUGGCCACGGCCUUGCAAACGGCGUUGAACGGGAGAACGGCGCCCACGAGGUCCCAGAGCCAACCCGUCGACCUGGCCGUGCCGCCCCCCUCGCAACAGCCGCAUCUGCCGCACGCGUGGCACAGUCAACCCGCCGCAUUCAGGAGGGGAGAGUUCAGGAGCGGGUACAGCUCGUUCAACAAGCGAUCAGAGCCGGAGGGGGAGGAUCCGUGGAGCUGCGUGGUGUCCGUGUCGGAUCGAGGGGGUAGCCAGCGCCCUCGAAGCAGCGAGUCCCGGAAGGAGCCGACGAAUCAUCGCGGUUCGAGCGAGCUUGGCGCCGCUCAACGCUCGGAGAGCAGGCAACCAGGCCGGGACGAGGCAAGCCAGGGGCAGCGGCAAGAGUCCUCGAGGCAGGCGAGCGAGGACAUCUCCUGGGAGUUCACGAUAAACGAGGCGCCGAUCGCGAGACUGGAAUCGUUGGACGAACUCGACCAGGAUCACGUCAGUUAAGGCCAACGUUCCCUCCCCCUCCCCCACCCCACCCCACCCACCCUUCCUUUUCGAACCAAUUGAAAUCGACUUCAGACUUGCGACUGAAACGCGACGCGUAGCCGUAGGCGUUUGACAUCGGCGUUGAUACCAACGAUCAUUCGGAUGGCUGUGGACUCCCUCCGUUCCCUCUUGGAGGAUGUGACGAACGUGGCGCCAGGAUUGAACGACACCAACCCGGCCCCUGAUCGAUUUUCUCUUCGAGAUUGAUCCCUCCUUGAUCCCUUUGGUAUCGAUCCCUCGGUCGAACUUCGUUCUCUCUCUUUUUUUUUUUUUUUUUCUUCGCUUCAUCUUCUCGAGGGAGGGGGAAACCGAGAUGUAUUAUUACGAAGAGAAAGAUUUUUCCUUUUUCUCCCCCCUCUCCUCCCUCCCUCGCUUAUUUUACGCUUAUUUCUCACAUCUCGAUCUCUGGAAUAUUCGUUUCACGAAUGUUCGUGAGAGAGUGGCUCGCCCCCUAUAUUUCCCAAAAUAUAUUUUUUAUCGCACCGCUGCGAAUGGUACAAAAUCGCGUGCGUUGGGAGGUCAUCAACGACGAUCAAAAUUCGUAAUUUUUCGACGUAAAGCACAAUCUUUUUUUUUUUUUUUUUUUUUUUUUCUUUCUUUUUCACCCGAGUUUUCGUUUACCAGUCUUUUUCUACGAAUGAUUAUUAUCUGUAUCGAUUGUCUCCACCGAGCAAGCAAGUCCCUAUUUUCUCUUUGAAUCGGGUUUCGAGUAGGAUCGUUAAAGAGAAUAUCGAUCGGCGGGCGAUCGGCAGCGAUAUCGAUCGCGGAGAGAUCGAGAGAUGUUUCGAAGAGGCGGAAAGACGUACGGAGGAGGAGGAGGAGGAGGAGGAGAAGAGCGAGAGAACAGAGAGCACGAGCGGCGUUUUCAAAAUGUUGUAUACAUAUACACGCAUGUACAAACACGUGACGCGUAUAUACACGCGUGUUACACGGACAAUGCGUUUUUUCGCGACAUACAUUUACACACACACACACACACACACACAUAGAGUUAAUCCAAUCGCGGUAAUAUCGACUUUGCAUUCAAAGUUUCUAUUUUUUUCUUUGGAGCAAUUUUUUUUAAUCGAAUUCAAAAACACACACAGAUACAUGGAUACGUAUACAUACACACACACACACACGUACGUAUUCUCCCUUCGAUGGCGAUGCUUUUUUGUUUCGCACGUGGAAAGCUUUCUUUCGUUACUUAAUAUCGUGUAGAAAGGAGAGAAAAAUGAAACGAUGAAAGAGGAAAAUUUAUUAUAUAUGGAGAUAACAAAGGAGAGCGAGGGGAAUUAAUAAUGAAAGGGAAAUAAAAUAAAAUAAAACGGAAGUACGAGAUGGAAGGGCAGAAGAUCGAUGUUCGCGGGAUUAAAAGAAAGAGAAAUUUAAAAAAAAGGGGGGGGAGAAAAAAUGAGAAAAAAUGGAGCAAACUGAAGGACGAAAGUUGAAAUCGAAAUAGGAGGCGGCUCGUGGUGAGUUUGUUAAAUUUUUGGGAAUUCGGACGAUCGCGUCAGGAAACAACUCGUAUUAUAGCUCGUUUUCGAUUGAGAGCACUUUCUUUUCUUUUUUUAUUACUUACAAGAAAAGAGGAAAUAAAAAAAAAAGAAGAACUCAUGAGAGAUAUCGUACGUGUUAAAAAUUGAAAAAAAAAGUAAGGGCUGAAUGAAAAGAUCGAUGACGAACGAAUUAGGUAUGAAAGAACAAAGAAAAGGAAACUAAUAGAAAUACAAUUCUGAGUGCCACCUAUACCGAAUAAAACUGCAAUGUCCUUUAUACAGACAACCAAAAAAAAAAAAAAAAAAAAGAAAAAAAGAAAAAAAAGAAACAAAUUAAUAAAUAAAUAUAUAUAAAAGGAAAUUUUGACGAGAAAAUAUGGGACAAGCGAGAAAAUGGGGAAAAUUAUUAAUAUGAGAGAGAAUUUAGAUAAUUACUAAUAUUCUAUUAUUAUUAUGAUCAUUCUUACGAUUAUUAUUAUUAUUGUUAUUAUUAUUAUUAUAUUAUAUUAUUAUAUUAUUAUUGCCAUAAAGUAGGGAAGAAACGCAAGCGCGAUGGGGAGGAGGUGAAGAUAAAAUUAUAGAAAAUACCGACGAUAUGAAAAUGGUUGACAAAAAGAAACGAAAAAAAAAAGAAAGAAAGAAAGAAAGAAAGAAAGAAAGAAAAGAACAAGAGAAAGAAACAACAAUUGCCUGCGCAAUAACGGUAUAUAUAUGUGUAUAUACAUGUUAUACGUACAUUUGCUCGUGUACGUAUAUACACUAGUGCCGUGUGUAUGCGUAUACACGUUGUAAAAAAAAAGAAAAAAAAUUUUUUACAAGAUAUAUUGAUAUCGAAUUAAUUGAUAACUUCUAAGCGUACGUUGGUUUCUCUUCCUCACUUUUCGUUCUCGACCUCCCGAGUGUUUACUUUUUUUCACCCCCGUUCGGCGAUUUAUCACGCAAUGAUAAGGGUGGAAAGCGAUGAUCGAUGAUUCUCGAUCGUUCUUUCUUAUACGAUAAUCCGUUUUCUUCUGAGAGCGAGCUGACAACGGAAGAGAAAAUUUUUCUUCCCUUCCUUUCUUCACUUUAAGAUAUUAUUAUUAUUAUUAUUUUGCCAGUGAGAGAAUGUCGAGGUUCAACACGAUUGUUAAAAGAAAAAAAAAAAAAAAGAAAAGAAAUUCUUGACAAUAAUUUGGAAAUUAAUAAUUCACAUAUCACUUUGAAGAAUGAAAAAUCGAAGAUUGAAACUUUCUUUGUUGUCGAUCGAAACGAGUUAUAAUAGAAAUGAACGAAAUGUAUGUAAAUUUAAAAAAAGGAGAAAAUAGAAGGUCGUAAUAGAAGGGACAAGUGUGGAAAGGAAGAAAAGACGAAGGGAUGAAAAGAAAGAAGUUUUGCCCGAUCGAGAAUCAUCGAUCAUGGAUUCGUUCUUUGCUCAGUAUUUUAGGCUGUAAAUGAUACCGAUACAUUCGAUGUAACGAUUAAAUGAAAUCGUAGAGUUACUUUGUAACGAGAGAGGAGCAGCGGCGCAGCGCUAAAGAGAAGCAGCUUUUUAAUUACAAAUAGCAAUUAUCUUUGAUUAUUACCAGUAGUACACGCAGCACACGUGGAUUUUCGCACUUAGGUACACGGCGAAACGAAUGCGGAUUUAUUGUUCUUUAUAGAAAAAAAAAAAAAAAAAAAAAAGGAAAAAAAAAAAUAAAAAAGAAUAAUGGAUGUUCAGAACAUGGUCCAAAAAAAGAGGACAACAGUGAUCACAAAAAGAGAGAGAGAAAAAAACAAAAACAAUAACUUUUAUUCGUUUCUAAAAUUAAUAUUAAUAUUUCUUUCAGUGAACAUUCGUUACAAAUCUUUUCUUUUUUUUUUUUUUUUUUUUUUNUUUUUUUUUUUUUUUUUUUUUUUUUUUUUUUUUCUUUAAACAAAAUCGAUGAAAAUUGUUUCCAACGUUUUCGCGACGAUUCAAUGAUUCUGAAAAUCGUUCUGCGACGAGAGAUGGAAAAGUUUAUUCGAAAAGAUUAAUUAUUUCAUUUCGAAUGAUUUCGAAAUCGAAGAAACGACGCUUAAUUUUAAUCCAAGUGUGAUGAACGAUGAAUGCACAACGAUAAAUAGAAUUUUUAUUUCUAAGGAAUCAGCUUGUCAAACGUCGAAAGUGUCUACAUUACCUGUUCAUUUUCAAAUCGUUGAUCAAUGUAUCUGUCCAAGAAUGAAGAGAAAAAAACAGUAAAAAAUUCUCUUAUGUUUCUUAGAUCCGAUUUUUCUUUAUCAGUCGUUAAAAAGUAUAACAUAUCCGACGAUAUUUCGAUAAAUCGAGUCACUGCUGUUCUCGAAAUCUACGCGAACCAAUCUACGUGAAGAUGCGAGACGAGAGCUCUUAGUAUUUCUUUUAGUAUUUCUUUUUUUUUUUUUUUUUUUUUUUCCCUCCCCCAUCGAGAAAUGAUAUAUUCAUUUCCGCGUUGAGUUGAAAGAAAAAAAAAGAAAAACGAUAGAGAAAAGAAAAGAGCCGGAUACCAAAAGACGUCCAUUGCAUCAUUCCCUUUGGAGGAUAAUUUCGCGAUAAUUAUUGAUUAAUAAUUUCAGAUUCAAACUUCGUACAUCCUUUUGAACAUCGAAUUUUUGCGAAGAUUUUUUAGGAUAAACACGAGUGAAUAAUAAAUAACCAUCGACAUAAUUCGAAUACAUCUUCGACGAAUCGAAACGUAAAAGCGUUGUAAAUUUGAAAAUUUUUUACUCGCGAAAGAUGCAUUUAUUCGUUUCCCCGAGAGAAAUAUAUUCGACGACGCGUAACUUUGUUAAGUGUUUGACGGGAUUUGAACUCUUUUCUAUGUUGAAUAACUGAUAGAUGAAGAAUUUCGAAGGAAAAAAGAAAAGAAAAAAAAAAAGACGACUGCAAUUGUUCAGUGGAAGAUCGAUUCAAUGCAAAAAAAAAAAAAAAACGCGAUUCACAUCAGAGAUCCGCUCUUUUUUUCUGACCGCAAGAAUAUCAAAAUCGAGAGAAGCAAAAAAAAAAAUAAGAAGAAAAAUAUACUUCACCUUCCGACAGAAAGUUUUCAACGCAAGUUUUCGCUUUUAAAGUGUUAACAUCUGUUCGAACGUUACUUAAACUUCUCAAUUUUUCAAAUUAAAAGGAAGUAUCGAACAAAAUUUACAUGGAAUCCCAUCGAUUCCAGGAAAGAAGUUUGCAACGUUUCUAUCCUAACGCAAUCUAACGACGAUAAGAACAAGAAACAGAGAAAGAGGGAAAACUUGUGUUACAAACUUUUGAACGAACGAUCAAAUCAAAUAUGAAACUUCCCCAACGAUCAACGAGAAACCCUCCCAAACUAGAAUUCGAAGUACACUUCAAAUUUCUUCAAAAUCCACCGACUCUAAUUCCAUCUCGAGUUUCAAAAACAUCAAAAUUUCGAGAUCAAUCCUCUCUGAGCCAACUUCCUCCAGAGACUUACUCGAAUCUUACCACCCUCACUUCGUCCUCCGUCGAUCUUUUUCUCCCCUCGAACUUCUUUCUUUCUUUCUUUCUUUCUUAUUCUCCUGCAACCCCCUUCCCCUCGCACGAACGUCCUUCUCGACUAAUUAACAAUUUUCACUCUCGACUAUUGUAUUCGUAUUCAAGGAUAAAUCGCUGGAUCGACACGCGCGCAAUCACACACACAUACGUAAAAAAGAAAAAAAAAAGGAAAAAAAAAAAGAAAGAAAAAGAAAAAAAAAAGGAUCGACACGUACACACCGAGUCAUCGAUCGAUAUAAUUAUAAUUCGUAUGCGAAUGCGUAUUGUAAAAGUAUAUUCGUUUUUUUUUUUUUCUUUAAUCGAAGCUGCCUCUCGCUUUUGAAUUCUACCGCGGCCGACCGAGAGAGGGAGAGAGAUAGAAUAAAUGGGGCGAGAGAAAAAGGGGUAGGGAAGGGAUCGAGACGGGAAGGAUCUUUGUUCGAGAUAGGAUCCGUGCCAGGAUCGACACGACGACAGGCUGUGCGACGGGAUUCCGUCAAAGGGUGUUCCUCGAUCGAUGAUUUCGACAAAAAAUUCCAAUUGCGAAAUUGGAAUUUUUUUUUUUUUCUUUUUUCAUUUUUUCUGUCUCUCGAGGGUCACGUUCGAGGGUAGAUUACUCGAGGAUCGAUCGCAGAGGGUUGAAGACACUUCUUGAGUAAUUCUGAGACUCCGUGGGAGGGUUUUUGUAAACAUUGUUGAAAGUAUAUAUUCAUUGUUAGAUAAUAUCGUGCGUAUAUUCCUUGAUAUAAAUUUGUAAUUUCCAAGUUUGUUUUAAUUAAGGGAGGGAGGGGGGGUGGGGAUUCGUAAAGUGGAAUUUAAUCGUUCAUCCAAUUUUGAUGAUUCAAUUCGGUUAACCCUCUCGUUCCCUUUGGUAAAUCUUUACGUAAUUUAGAAUUAUACGAAGUAAAAUGUUUAUCCCGAAAAGUUAAUCAUUAAUAGAAUAUAUUAAAUAGAUAAAUUUUAUUCCACUCGAUAAACUAUUACACAGUUUCUAAUUCGCUUGUUUGCCGUGUAAAUUGCCGGGCAGAAAAAAAAAAAUUGCAUAGUAAAUGUCUAAAUGGCUGUUAAAUAAUUCAAACGACGGGGAAUGACAGGGUUAAAAAGAAGAAGAUGAAGAAAAAAAGAAAAGUAAUAAUCGUACGUGAAUACGAGCUGAGAGAUCGGCAAUAAUUUAAUUAACCUAUCCGCGCCAGUUUUGCAAUAAUUUAGCGAUAAGUGUUAUUUCAAAUGGGACAUUGACACGUGUAUCGAGUAAUUUACUCGCAACGGAUAUUAAAAAAAAAAAAAAUAGGAGGAGGAGAGAAAAUAAACGAUGGAUGAGAAACUCGAGAGAAGACAAUUCGAGGAACACUCGUCGCGAGUAUGCGUUAUAUUUCGUUUGUAAAAAGGAUAAGAGAAUUAAACGCGGAAAUAAAAUUAAGCAGAAGGAUGGAUUUAGAUAGAGAGAAAGAAAGAGAGAGAGAGAGAGAGAGAGAGAGAAAGAGAGAGUGAGAGAUGAAAUCCUAUCCGCGGUAGAUGAAUUUACUCGCGUUUUUUCCCAGAUUAUGCAAUUUAAGAUUGUUCUGUAUAUAUAUAUAUGUAUAUAUAUGCAUAUAUAUAUGACAUAAUCUUGGAUCGUAUCGAUUAUAACGGUGAGCGCACUGAUUUGUAACACGUAACAAGAGGAUUAAAAAAAAAAAAAAAAAAAAAAAAAAGGAGAAUUUGUUCGUGAGAGAGAGCGAGAAAGUUUCGAGUGAAUGAAGAUGAGGAGAAAAAGCGAGGGGUGAAAGGAGUACGUGUGAGCGCGAAGGGUGAAAGUGAAUAAAAAAUAAAAAGAGAGAAAGAAAGAGAGUGAGAGAGAGAGAGAGAAAGAAUGAAGUAUGAGAGAUGAUGUAGUGAGAAAGAACGUGUGAGAGAGAAGAUAAGAUUUUUGUACCACCCCCUAAAUCAAUUCCUGCUCUUCACCGAGCACCCUCCGAGAUUAAAAUAAAAUUACACGAGUGUCUUUAUUCUUAUCCCCCAUCCCCCCACCGUCGAGAAACAAAUUUAAUGGAAUACAAAACGAAGAUAAAAUAUUUGAAAAAAUGAAAAAAAAAAAAAAAAUAAACAAAAAAGACAGGAGAAUUACGAAGAAUGAGAGCAUUCGCUUGAAAGAAGAUAUCGCCUCGAAUUUUUUACAGCGUAGCUCAAUAAAAAUGUUCGCAUUCAA